GGCCAAAGGAUUAAACAAGAAUCAACAGCGCAAUGAAGGCAUGAAGGCCGGAAUACGCCAAGUAGAAGAUACGACCCAUGGCCGUGCAAAAGGAGCCGAUUGGACUUUGCAUCAUGGCAUAGGAUAACGCGACACCGUGGAAAAGUCACUACAACUACUGGCAUGAUUCUCGUCACUGGAGGUUAAUCGCCACACAAAGAGAUGCCGCAAAAGCUCCCACUUGCACCUUUGCGAUGGCUCAAUGAGCCGCCAAAGUAUACUGUCGAUCACGCUGCGAACGUCAUAGUGGUGGAAGCGGCUGCAAACACAGAUUUAUAUCGUCGGCCAGGGAAAGUACACGACACAGCGCACUGCUACACAGCUCCAAUUACUGGAAACUUUACUGCUUCCGUCCGUUUUGAAGCAGAGUACACAAGCGAGUAUCAGCAAGCUGGUCUGAUUUUUUAUCAUAGUUCAGAGGAAUGGAUAAAAGCUGGCGUAGAGCAUUAUAAUGGAGCACCACGCGUGUCCGUUGUCGUGAAUAAGCACGGAGGUUGGUCUGACUGGUCUGUUAGUGCGUACCCUGGACACCAACGAGAGCCUAGAGCGCCGCUUUGUAUCCGCUUGCAGCGCACGGAGGGAACAGUUACUGUCGAGACCUGGACGGAUGGAGAUGGCUGGGAGCUUGUGCGCAAGACAUAUGACUGGGGAAGUGGACCAGUAGAGAUGGGCAUUAUGUGUGCGGCUCCAGGACCGACGGGAUUUGAGACGACUUUUGAAAAUCUAGAAUUCAAGAGCAUUUAAAAUAGAGCAUUUGUUCUCUCGUCCAUGACA